GGGAGGCCAGGGGUUGGGGGCAAAGGCGGUGGAGGGGCUGACCUGGCGCAGGCGGAGGGCUGAGUGCCGCGUGCCCCCGAAGACCCGACUGGAGCGCCGGGGCCGGCUCGGGAUGAGGACGCGCUGGGCAACCCCUCGCCGUGCGGCGCAGCUACUCAUGCUGCUCCUCCUGGGCCUCGGGCUGGUGGAGCCCUCUGGCCGCUCAGGUAAUGAUCCAUUCAGCAUCGUCAGUGAAAACACAGGCAAGUGCAUCACGCCGCUGAACGACUGGAUAGUGGCAAAGGACUGUGACGAAACCAAGGACAUGUUGUGGAAGUGGGUGUCCCAGCAUCGGCUCUUUCAUUUGCAGUCCCAGAAGUGUCUUGGCCUAGAUAUUACCAAACCCGCAGAUUCCUUGAGAAUGUUCAGCUGCGACUCCAGUGCCAUGCUGUGGUGGAAAUGUGAGCACCACUCUCUCUACGGGGCUGCCCAGUACCAGCUGGCCCUGAAGGGCGGACACGCCAUAGCAAGUACAAAUUCAUCGGAUGUCUGGAAGAAAGGAGGCUCAGAGGAAAGCUUGUGUGCCCAGCCUUACCACGAGAUCUAUACUAGAGAUGGGAACUCUUUCGGGAGACCUUGUGAAUUUCCCUUCUUAGUUAAUGGGACCUGGCAUCAUGAGUGCAUUUUUGAUGGAGAUCGCAGUGGGCCAUGGUGUGCAACUACCUUAAAUUACGAAUAUGAUCAGAAGUGGGGCAUCUGCUUACAACCAGAAAGUGGCUGUGAAGAUAAUUGGGAAAAGAACGAGGAGAUUGGAAGUUGCUACCAAUUUAAUAUUCAGGCAACUCUUUCUUGGAAAGAAGCUUAUGUUUCAUGUCAGAAUCAAGGAGCUGACUUACUGAGCAUCAACAAUGCUGCUGAGUUAACUUAUCUUAAAGGAAAAGAAGGCAUCGCAAGAAUUUUCUGGAUUGGCCUAAAUCAGCUGUACUCUGCUAGAGGCUGGGAAUGGUCAGACCACAGGCCGUUAAACUUUCUCAACUGGGACCCAGAUGUGCUGAUGACACCUACCAUUGGCAGAUCAAGCUGUGCAAGAAUGGAUGCCGAUUCAGGUCUGUGGCAGAGUUUUUCCUGCGAGGCUCGACUGCCCUACGUCUGUGAGAAACUGUUAAAUAGCACAGCGGAGUUGACAGAUGUGUGGACAUACUCAGAUACCCACUGUGAUGCUGCAGACUGGGUGCCAAAUGAUGGCUUUUGCUAUCUGCUGGUCAAUGAAAGUGAUUCCUGGGAUAAGGCGCAUACGACAUGCCAAACCUUCAGCAGUGACCUCAUCAGCAUUCAUUCUUUAGCAGAUGUGGAAGUAGUUGUCACAAAACUUCAUAAUGGGGAUGCCGAAGAGGAAAUGUGGACAGGCCUUAGGAAUAUAAAUACACCAGCCCUAUUUCAGUGGUCAGAUGGUACUGAAGUUACUCUAACUUACUGGGAUGAGAAUGAGCCACAAGUUCCCUAUAAUAAGACUCCCAACUGCGUUUCCUAUUUUGGAAAGCUCGGUCAGUGGAAGGUCCAAUCAUGUGAGGAGAAACUUAAAUAUGUGUGUAAGAAAAAGGGAGAAAAAUUGAAUGACACAAGAUCUGAUAAGAUGUGUCCUCCAGAUGAGGGCUGGAAGAGACAUGGAGAGACCUGUUAUAAGAUUUACAAGGAUGAAGUCCCCUUUGGGACCAACUGCAAUCUGACUAUAACUAGCAGAUUUGAGCAAGAAUAUCUGAAUGAUAUGAUUAAAAAGCAUACUGUGUCUCCAGAAAAAUACUUCUGGACUGGCCUGAGAGAUACAGGUGCAAAUGGAGAAUAUAGCUGGGCAAGUGUUGGUGGAAUAAAGCGGGCUGUAACCUUUUCCAAUUGGAAUUUUUUUGAGCCAGCUUCUCCAGGAGGGUGUGUGGCUAUGGCUACUGGAAAGUCUCUUGGAAAGUGGGAGGUAAAAGACUGCAGAAGUUUCAGGGCACUUUCAAUUUGCAAGAAAAUAAGUGGACACUCUGAGCCUGAAAAAGCAGCCCCCAAGCCUGAAGACCCCUGUCCUGAAGGCUGGCACAGUUUCCCCUCAGGUCUUUCUUGUUACAAGCUAUUUCAUAGAGAAAGAAUUGUAAGAAAGAGAAACUGGGAAGAAGCUGAGCGAUUCUGCCAAGCUCUUGGAGGACACCUUCCUAGCUUCAGACACAUGGAUGAAAUAAAGGAGUUUCUUCACUUUUUAGUAGAACAGUUCAGUGACCAGCGUUGGCUAUGGAUAGGCUUGAAUAAAAGGAGCCCUGACUUACAAGGAUCCUGGCAAUGGAGUGAUCAUACACCAGUGUCUACUAUUAUCGCGGCAAAUGAGUUUCAGCAGGAUUAUGAUAUCAGAGACUGUGCUGCUGUCAAGGUCAUUCAAAGGCCAUGGCGAAGAAGCUGGUAUUUUUAUGAAGACAGAGAAUUUAUGAAUCUAAGGCCUUUUGCUUGUGAUGCAAAACUCGAAUGGGUGUGCCAGAUUCCAAAAGGUCAUACUCUAAAAAUACCAGACUGGUACAAUCCAGAGCGUGCUGGCAUUCAUGGACCUCCAGUUGUAAUAGAUGGGAGUGAAUAUUGGUUUGUUGCUGAUCCCCGCUUAAGCUAUGAAGAAGCUGUUCUGUAUUGUGAUAGCAAUCACAGUUCUCUGGCUAGUUUAACAUCUUUUACAGGACUAAGAGCCGUCAGAAACAAGAUAGCAAAUAUAUCUAGUGACGAGCAGAAAUGGUGGGUGAGAACAACGGAACAAGUGAUAUCACAUCGUUUUAUAUACUCACGAGACCCAUGGCAUCACUUUCCUAUACUAUUUGGAGAGGAAUGCUUUUACCUGUCUGCCAGGACUUGGUUUAAUGAUUUACGAAAACCUGCAGACUGUAGUACCAAGUUGCCCUUUGUCUGUGAAAAAUACAAUGUAUCUUCAUUAGAAAAAUAUAGUGCAGAUUCUGCAGCUAAAGUGCAGUGCUCUGGGGAUUGGAUUACUUUUCAGAACAAGUGUUUUCUAAAGAUCAAACCCAAGUCUGUCGCGUUUUCUGAAGCCAGUGAUAUUUGUCAUACCUAUGGUGGAACCCUUCCUUCGGUCUUGAGCCAGAGAGAACAAGAUUUUAUUACAUCUCAGCUUCCGGAUAUGGAUGCUUCUUUAUGGAUUGGUUUGCGCUGGACUGCUUAUGAAAAGAUAAACAAAUGGAUGGAUAACAGACAGCUGACAUACAGUAACUUUCACCCAUUAUUGGUUGGUCGGAGGCUGCAAAUACCACCAAAUAUUUUUGAUGAAGAGGCAUCUUACCACUGUGCUGUAAUGCUCAACCUCCAAAAAUCACCUUUUACUGGGAUGUGGAAUUUUACUUCCUGUAGUGAACACCAUACUCUGGCUCUGUGUCAGAAAUACUCAGAAAUUGAAAGCAGACAGACCUUGCAGAAUACUUCAGAGACUGUGAAGUAUCAAAAUAACCUGUACAAAAUAAUCCUGAAGACCCUGACUUGGACCGAUGCUCUGAGAGAGUGUCAGAAAGAGAACAUGCACCUGGUGAGCAUCACAGACCCUCACCAGCAGGCCUUCCUGACUGUGCAGGCGGCCCUUCGUAACUCUUCUUUGUGGAUCGGACUCUCCAGUCACGACGAUGAACUCAAUUUUGGUUGGUCAGAUGGGAAACAUCUUCAAUUUAGUCGCUGGCCUGAAAAUAAUGAACAACUUGAAGACUGUGUAGUAUUAGACACUGAUGGAUUCUGGAAAACAUCGGAUUGCGAUAAUAAUCAACCAGGCGCUAUUUGCUAUUAUUCAGGAAAUGAGACUAAGAAAGAGGUCAAACCAGUUGACAGUGUUCAGUGCCCAUCUCCUGUUCUAAAUACUCCAUGGAUACCAUUUCAGAACUCUUGCUACAAUUUCUUGAUAACAGAAAAUAGAUACAAAGUAACAACACAAGAUGACGUUCAUUCUAAAUGCCAGACACUGAAUCCAAAAUCACAUAUUCUGAGUAUUCGAGAUGAAAAAGAGAACAACUUUGUUCUUGAGCAGCUUCUACACUACAAGUACAUGGCUUCAUGGGUCAUGUUAGGUAUAAUUUAUGAAAAUAAUUCUCUUAUGUGGUCUGACAAGACUACGCUAUCAUAUACACAGUGGAGGUCAGGAAGACCAGCUAUAAAAAAUAGCAAGUUUGUUGCUGGCUUGAGUACUGAUGGCUUCUGGGAUAUUCAAACCUUUAAUGUUGUUGAAGACUUACUAUACUUUCACCAGCACAGCAUUCUGGCUUGUAAAAUUGAAAUGGUUGACUACAAGGAAGAAUAUAAUACUACUCUGCCACAGUUUAUUCCAUAUGAAGAUGGUAUUUAUAAUGUUAUUCAAAAAAAGGUAACAUGGUAUGAAGCAUUAAAUGCAUGUUCUCAAAGUGGAGGUCAUUUGGCAAGUGUUCAUGACCAAAAUGGCCAGCUUUUUCUGGAAGAUAUCGUAAAGCGUGACGGAUUUCCACUAUGGGUUGGGCUCUCAAGUCAUGAUGGAAGUAAAUCAAGUUUUGAAUGGUCUGAUGGCAGUGCCUUUGACUAUAUUCCAUGGAAAGAUAAAAAAUCUGCUGGAAAUUGUGUUGUCUUGGAUCCAAAAGGAAUUUGGAAGCAUGAAAACUGCAACUCUGUUAAGGAUGGUGCUAUUUGUUAUAAACCUACGGAAUCUAAAGAGGUGUCCUCUUAUACUUACUCAUCAAGAUGUCCAGCAGCAAAAGGGAACAAGUCACAGUGGAUUCAGUACAGGGACCAUUGUUAUAUGUCUGACCAGGCAUUGCACAGUUUCUCAGAAGCCAGAUGGUUUUGUUCAAAGCUUGCCCAUUCUGCAACUAUCGUUACCAUAAAGGAUGAAGAUGAGAAUAAAUUUGUGAGCAGACUAAUGAGGGAAAAUAAUAACAUUACCAUGAGAGUUUGGCUUGGAUUAUCUCAACUUUCUGCUGAUCAGUCUUGGAAUUGGUUAGAUGGAUCAAAAGUGACAUUUGUCAAAUGGACAAAUAAAAUUAAGAGUGGCAGUGGACAAUGUAGCAUUUUGUUAGCUUCAAAUGAAACUUGGACAAAAGUUGAAUGUUCACGUGGCUAUGGAAGAGUUGUCUGCAAAGUUCCCUUGGACUGCCCUUCAUCCACCUGGGUUCAGUUCCAAGACAGUUGUUACAUUUUUCUUCAAGAAGCCAUCAAAGUUGAAAGCAUAGAGGAUGUCAGAAAUCAGUGUACUAAUCAUGGAGCAGACAUGAUAAGCAUACAUAAUGAAGAAGAAAAUGCUUUUAUAUUGGAUACUUUGAAAAAUCAAUGGAAAGACCCAGCUGAUAUCUUAUUAGGCAUGUUUUUUGACACAGAUGAUGCCAGUUUCAAGUGGUUUGAUAAAUCAAAUAUGACAUUUGUUAAAUGGUCAGACCAAGAAGAUGGCGAGGAGCUAGUUGACACCUGUGCCUUUUUGCACACCAAGACAGGUGAUUGGAAAAAAGGAAAUUGUGAAGUUUCUUCUGUGGAAGGAACCCUUUGUAAAGCAGCUAUCCCAUAUGAAAAGAAAUAUUUAUCAGAUAACCGCAUUUUAAUAUCAGCUUUGGUGAUUGCUAGCACAGUUAUUUUGACAGUUUUGGGAGCAGUUGUUUGGUUCUUGUACAAAAGAAGUUUGGAUUCUGGUUUCACCACAGUUUUUUCAACAGCACACCAAUCACCUUAUAAUGAUGACUGUGUUUUAGUAGUUGCAGAGGAAAACGAAUAUGAUAUUCAAUUUAACUAAGACUUUGGAAAUGUCAGAUUAAGACAUCAAAUACCUUUCCUCUGCAAGAUUUCAAUAUAAAACCUAUGAAAAUUAAUUUUUAUGAUAUAUUUUAUUCCAGUAACAUUCAUUACUUUUAUGUAAUCACUGAUCAUGACAAAAUUUAUCUUUAGGUUCAUUAUAAAAACAAAAGGAGUAACAACCUUGGAUAUAAUUUAAUGGUUUUAACCACCUCCCAAGUGCAUCUUUCGGAGAAGGCAAUGGCACCCCACUCCAGUACUCUUGCCUGGAAAAACCGAUGGACGGAGGAGCCUGGUAGGCUGCAGUCCAUUGGGUCGUUAGGAGUCGGACAUGACUGAGCGACUUCACUUUCACUUUUCACUUUCACACACUGGAGAAGGAAAUGGCAACCCACUCCAGUGUUCUUGCCUUGAGAGUCCCAGGGACGGGGGAGCCGUCUAUGGGGUCCCACAGGGUCGGACACAACUGAAGUGACUUAGCAAGUGCAUCUUUCACUUGACUUAAGGAAACCAGGUAAAAAUAAAAAUCCAGUCUACUUGUCUUACCUCCUCUAUCUUCCUCCCAUUGAGUUGAACCACCUUAGUUGAAAAAAAAUUCUACUUACCACUAGUUUUAGCAAUCACUAGAUCUUUAGCAAUUUCUAUUGUCUUGCUCCUUUACCAAUAAGAUAUGGAGAAUACACCUACCCUUAAAAGAUUCUCAUUUAGAUAUCACUUAUGCUGGUUACUCUGGUUAAUUCCUUUAAUACAUCUAUCUCCCUUUAGGAUUUAAAUGUAUUAGAUGCAGAAAAUUUUACAGAUUUUAACAUCCCAUAUGCCAUAUAAUUAUAUAAUUUUAAUACUUUUUAGAAUACUGUUUUGGACCACAGCAUUAACAUUAUUUAGCACUGAUCAUAAAUGGUCAGGAUCUCAGUAAGAUUUUAUGAAGCAAAAAAAAUUACAGCCAUACCAUACCAGGAAGGUGUGGAGGAGGCUGACAUAUGGGUAAUGUAUAGAGCCCUUUAAGGAUUUUUCUCCUGCUGCCAUAUCCUACCAUAUCUGUUCCUAUGUAUCUCAUGCUCCCCAAGCCUCAAUGAAGUAUUUCAAUGACAUGAAAACUGUGUAAGCAAUAACUAAACAGAAGAACUACAUACUACUGUAGUGAUGAUGUUCAAGUUUCUGGUAUGUAUAUUGUACAUUUUAAGACAGAAUCAUUUGGUGGUAAAAUAUGAAAAUGCAGUAAAACUGAAACAAGAAUGCUUUCUUUAGCAACUUUUAUAACUUAACAUUCUGAGAAAAGAUAAGGUAUGUAGUUAACAAAAUUGUAUUUACUAUAUGAAAAAACUUGAAAGUGCAAGAAAGUAAAUUCUCCCUAAUGCAUAUCCCAUCAAUCAUUUUAUGAGAAUACUUUUCAUAUGUAGAGACACUCUCUCAAGCUUGACCAGUGGCAACAAAGUCAUAGCUUGUGACACCUGUUUCCACUGGCCACCAUGAAGCAGAAUCAUUCCUCAUCACAAUUAAUGGCAGUUUUUUUUAAACAAGACGUGAAUAACUCCAAAGUGAUGAUAACAUAUUUGACUGUCGUACUAAAGAAGAGAUUUUAUACUAGGUGUUACUACACAAUUAUGUUUUGUAAGAUUGAGAUUUUGUGUUAUUGACUGAGAUGUCUAUUUUAUUGAGUAUUAACAGGGCUAUUAAUCAUGAACAUUAGACUGGAAUUCCUUCCUGCUUUUCUAACUAAAAUUCUACCAAUCCUUUAAGAAUUAAGACUAACUUUUUGUUCUUAAAACUUUCUAUCACAAAUCUUUUACAAUAUGUAUUUCAGUAGCCACCGGCCACAUGUGGCAAUUUAAAGUUCACUUCCUCAAUUAACACUAGCCAUAUUUCAAAUGCUCAGAUCACAUGCAGUCAGUAGCUACCAUAUUUGGCAAUAUUUCCAUUAUGAUAGAAAGUUUCACUGAAAAAUGAUGUUCCAGUCUCCUGUUCCAUUUCUAUAUAACUAAUAAUUUCUUCAGUUCAUUUCAAUAACUUCUACCUAAUGACAGCUCUACCAAAAUGGUUGUUCUAAGUGAUUUGAUUUUUCAUGUUAGAUUUCAAACAAGUCCUUAAAAGUCCCUGGUAAUGCAGUGCUAAAUCUUAAUUUCCUUUAUAUAUUUGAACAUCUGUAACAGGCCUUUGUUACACUUGUUCACUGCUCAACAGAUAACUGGAUAAUUCAAAUCUGUAUUUAUUUUUAAUAUUAGUAAUAACAUAAGCAUGCCUGUUUACACUCAGAAUGUAAAAACUGCUUUUCUUCAAACAUCUUGAUUCUAUCUAAUAAUGACAAUGUAAUUCUUAGCUUUGGUAGCUGUUGUUACCAUUGUUUCUUUUAGUUACCAUUUACUUUUAACAUUUUAUUAGAAAUUUGUAUUCUUAAAAUUCUUAGGAAUUUGAAUAUUGUAUGGUCUCUAUUUUGUUCAGAAUCUAAAAAAUGAUAACCAAUGAAAGAUUUUUCUUAAUUCACAUUUACAGGUUAUUAGAAGCUUAUAUAAUAUUGAAAUACUAAGUAGUACUAACGAACUUAGGAUACUAUAAAGCUCAAGUCACUGGGGUCAGAGUCAGACAUGACUGAAGUGACAGCAGCAGCAGCAGCAAGACACUGUGUAUGUCAUUUAGCAGUUAAUUUAGAAAAACUAUAAAUAAACUACGCAUACCAAUGGAAUGUAUUCUACCAUUUACUUAAAAUUUUUAAAUAAAAAAAUUUGUAGGUUAAGAAGACA